CACGUACCAAAUUGAACAAAUCAUAAAGUUUUUUUUCAAAGCUGUUGUAAUUUCCCCCAAAUUCCGCUCGUGGGCAUAUCGACUCACCGAUCGGCCGUUGCAGAACCCUCCGCCACAAUCAAGCGGCGCCGCCGUCGAGAUGGCAAAAACUAGAAGUUGUACAGCUUCCUCAGCUUCCGCUUCUAUCAAAACUAACGGGAAAAUUGCUUUGCUAGGGAAGCAUGGAGAAACGAAGAAGAAGGCUGGAAGGAAGCGGACGGCGCGAAAAAUUGUAUCAAGAAUUGACGCCAUGAAGCCCAAGAAACCUCCCACGGCUUUCUUCUAUUUCCUGGAGGAUUUUCGUAAGGAAUACCAAGAGCAGAAGCCGGAUAUCAAGUCGAUGCGUGAUAUCGGGAAAGCAUGUGGAGAGAAGUGGAAAACAAUGACAUAUGAGGAAAAGGUGAAGUACUACGACAUUGCCACUGAAAAACGAGCAGAGUUUGAUAUAGCUAUGGCAAACUUCACUAAAAGAAAGGUAAAAUGUAGAUAUUUCCUGCGUGCAUUGAUAGAUGUAGAAAAGAGGAAGGUAGUCAUUGGUAGACAUAUCCUAACACGAAGAUGAUUUGCAGGAAAGUGGGGAAUUUGAUGAAGAUGAUUUGGAACUUGAUGACGACUCAGAUUUUGACGGAUGAAACUGGUACGAAAGGGUACUAUGCUCAACUGUAGAUGCCACCUCCCUCAACUCUGUUUCUGUAUCUGUAUCAUUUCUUGUGCAGUAAAUUCAAGUAGUUUUAGGGUUAUCAGUCUUUCAGUAUUUGAUUCAAUUUCGAUGAACAAGCACGUUUCCACAAGCGUUCUAAACCUUGCUGUCUCUUGUCCAAAUCUUCUCCUUUUUUCAUGAUCUCAAUAUACAUCUCCUAUCUUGCAUGGUUCAA